GGAUAGCGUGUCUGUCCUUUAGGUCCUUGUUGUGAGUUUUGUAACUUCCUGACGUCAAAACAAGCAGCGUGCUUAGUGUUUUAUUGCAUAGAAUUAUCAAACGUUUGUCUUCUUUUCCAACAGAGAAAAGGAGCACGUUCCUGAUUGUGUUCUAGUGAAUGCUUAGCCAUUUCAAUGCUUACAGACUGUUGUCGUUAGGUAAGGCCUAGCUGUUAGCUUAGCAUUACGCGACCAUUCACUGAGCUGUACUGGGCGACUUCUCUGGGGACACAGUCUCUACUGGUAAGUGUCCAGACCCCAUCAUCACAAUGACAGCUCAGGAAGGAGAGGGAUGGGGAGGCAUGAACCUUUCACCUCACCUGCACACGGAUGAGUGUAAUGAACUAAUCUCACGCCUGAAGCUGUGCCACAAGGAGCAUAACUUCUUGAAGUUCUUUGGCACGUGCAAUGAUUUUGACCGUGAAGUGCGUCAUUGCCUGAAGAAGGAGAGACUGGAAAAGCGGGAGCGCAGUAAGCAGCGUGCACUGGAGAUGAGGAGGAAAUUGAAAGAAGGGCCCAAGGAGAAAUUUUAAGGAGGAUUUCAUUGGCAGAGAGUUUGGCCUGUAGAGUUGUAACUCUUUGGAUAUGAGGACUCUGAAUGACAAGUGUAACAGGUCUCUCCUGCUGCUUUUUUGUUUGGACAGAGUGGUUGCAUGGGUUGAAUAAGCAGUGACAGGUCUGAAUAUACUUCACAACUAGUGGAAAACCCACUUGUUUUAUUCUUUUUUCCUUUUUGUACAUGUGUUUGUUGGAAAACAUGUUUAAGAAGACAGUUCAUAUACAUCUCCAGAUCAUGUUCUGUUUUGGGAUCUCAGUUCACUGUAAUAUGUACUGUUCAUAUUUGGCACAUUUUUUUUUUUUUUUAUCACCUGCACACAUACUUAACAUCAUGUUGCAGAAGUAUCUAAGUCAAUAUUAGAAAAAUUAUUUAACUUAUGGAUUAUUUUGUAUUUUCAUUCUUUAAGAAGAAUGUCACUAAAUCAAAGAAAGAUUGUAGGUAAUGGCAGAGCCUUCCUAUCUCCUGUCUUGAUGGAUAAUCCAGUACCUGAUGUAUUCAUGAAAACAUGUUCAUAGAAUCAGGUACAGAACAGCUAGACCAGUUUUCAGGUUACCAAUGUGAACUGACAUCAAGUGAACAGUCUAAACAGACCUUGUUUGAAGGUGUGAAUGGGGAAUCAUACUGAUUGGUGACUCGUUUAAGUUCUUUCAAAUAAACUAUUAUAAGGUUGUU